AGUCAGGAGUCCUUUCACUUGAGAGGGCGAUUACCUCCGCCGGCGGCUGUGCGUCUUGGCAGCUGUAGCCGUGCCAUCAGAGGGAAAAUGCCCGGGAUGGGCAACUCUUUACGCGCGGCUGCCCUCCUGGCUUUCGUGGUUCUUUCAGUUCUGGUGACGCUCCUGAUCAGCAGCGUGCAGCAGUUUGGAGCAAGAAUCUCGCACUUUUCCACCGCACCUUCUGGUGAUGACGAGGAGUUAGCGUCGCUCCGCGAGGAACUUAUUCACCAGCUCAACGAGAGGCGAAAAGAAAUUAUUCCGCUGCUUUCACCUGGUGUUGGUGAUGAUGAUGAAAACGGACUGUUAGGAGAAAGUUUUUCCCAGCGUGACUCGACUUUGGAUUACAGUCUGUGGAAUGAGAUCACAGUUGGCUCCCGGAAAGCGCAUCUGGAUGAAAUGGGUUGUGAUUCCCUGGCCGACAUGCAGGCGGUGGAGAUCCUCGGAUCGGGAUACACCAAGCUGGUUGUCAAAGUGAAUCUAGCCGGGGAAUCUGAGCCUGUGGCGCUGAAACUCGUCAACGAGCAGGGCAUAGACAUGGGGAAGUGCGUGGAAGACUUUAAAGAUCCUCGGGGAUGUCGCGAACUCGUUUCAUUCAAGCUGAGGAAAGAAAUGGUCCUUCUCCAAAGACUCCAGCAUCCGAACGUCAUUAAGCUGAAGGGUCACUGUGCUGGGGGCCCAGGAGGAAGAGAAGGAGAGGCCGAAAGAGUCACAGUCAUUCUGGAGCAGGGGAGCCCUCUCCAGAUGAUCCAGCUGCUCCAGAGCCCCUGGGAGGACAGAUUCAGAGUGUGUCUGGACCUGGUCCGGCUCCUCCACUUCCUCUCUCAGUCGCCUCUGGGCUCCGUGGCCCUGUUGGACUUCCAGCCUCGGCAGUUUGUCACAGUGUCCGGCUCGCUGAAGCUCACGGACCUGGAUGAUGCCAGCGCGGAGGAGACCACCUGUCACACAGACGCAGACUGCACUCUCCAGUUUCCACACAGAAACUUCACUCUGCCCUGCUCAGCUCGGGGUGUGUGUGAGUGGCUAAACGAGAAGAGGAACAUUUACAACGCCUACAGGUAUUUUUUCACCUACCUGCUGCCUCACCAGGCCCCGCCCGGCCUCACACACCUGGUAGACCGCAUCAUGAACGCCACAGGGGAGCUGAAAGCUGACAUCAAUCAGACGCUGGAGGCCUUUGAACACAUCCUCCACCUCUAUAAGUCUGGCCUACACCUGGAGAACCUGCCUCCAUCAAUAAUCAGAGAUUACACUGUGAUGCGAGGGAUGGGCACUUCUGGGAACGUGGAGUACCGCUGCUGGCCAUCCUACAGCCAGCAGGGCUGCGUGCUGUCAGUCCAUAGUGCCCGAGAGGCAGCGUACAUCUGUAACUCCCACUCUCAGUGCAACAGCUUCACUCUGACGGGGCAGAAGACUUGGACGGGCCGCCUCCUAGCCUCUUUCAGGAGUGGCUUCAGUCACCUGGUGCCUGAUGGGACAUCAGAAGUUUAUGUAAAGAAGACAAAAGUUGUCGAAAAAUCAAGCGCCUGACGUACGAGCGAGUUUCUGUCAAAAUGGGAGUUACCAAGAGAUGGCACACAGCGGGGCGAUGGGAACUGAUGCAAGACGUGGCACUCGAGAACCGCGUCCUCCUGUUUAACAAGUCGAACGCAGCACGGCUCUGUGGAUCUGCAGGAGCAGCGUGGAGACCAGGCUGACAAGGAGGCGUUUGAAGCCAGCAACUGAAUGUGAUGUAUUUAUGGGGCUUCUUGCUCUGUGACUGUUUGAUCUGCCUGCCAGCUCACUCCCCUCUGCCAGCUACUAUUUAAAGGGAUUUCCCUUCAGGUACAAUUAAGCAGGGAGAGCCUCAUGCCCUUGACAUUUUUUUUUUCUUUUUACCUUUCCUUUAUUUGCCGUGUGCGUCAGCUUUCACCGUGAGGUCGGGCCCCUGUUGUCAGAUUUUUUUUAAAUUUGUUUUAAACCAAAGAGGUAAGAAGUAUAGUCGCUGAGCGUUUGAAGCCCGGGGACGAGAAAGGAAAACAAGCUCUUAUACAAAUACACUUUGAUGUUAAUGCGCAGAGGUUGUGGCUGUAUUUUCGUGGUUCCCUGGCUUAGCUGCACCGCCGCAUGAGACGGCAACAACCAUGUAAGCGUUUACACAUCAACAAUGAGCAAAGAUGAUCAAAACCAUUCCAGAGCAGUCUUUUUUGUUUGCUUUAGAUACUUUUGUGCACUUAGUUAUAGUGUUUCAUUCCUAAAUAUUUAUAUGAUUAAAUGGACUGUAAUUGUUCUUACAUGUUUGUGCAUUACAGCUUUCAUGCACCUUGUGGGUGAUACUUUUAUUUUCAAUGAAAAAUUAUUCAUUUGAUUUUUUUUUGUUUUUUUAAUACUUCCCUUGUUGUUACUGUGCAGUUUUUUAGUUUGUACAGAUAUAUAAAUAUAAUGUUUCUACUGUUUUUUUAAGUUGUGUUCAUUUGCAUUUUUAUUGUAUUCAGUGUAACUGCAACUAACAGCCUGUUUACUUCUCAUUAACACCUUUGUGUGUGUUUCAGUGGGGGGAGGGGGGCCUAGAAUGUGUGUGCUGACCUGGUUUUCUGUGUGUUUUUUAAGCCCUUUAUCUUCUCGCAUGCCCCCACAUCCACUAUCUGCAGCCCAUCUGAAUGGCUCAGAGGAAAGGAGCUCCACAGAGUUUGCAUAAUACCAGAAGAAUGCAUUCAAAUGUCCCACCACGCUGAGCUCAUUAUGAGCCUUAAUUAAUACAUGUAAAUUGGCUUACUUGCCAGGCCUUUCUCAUGGUGAGAGAGGGUGCAUUACUGUAAGACAAAGGCAGACAUCAGGACAAUCAGAGCUCAGUUUGUGGUUAGCACACGAAUGAGCUGCCAUCUGUGCCUGCCAGAAGUAACCUGGCGAGGUUGAGAUAAGGGCAGGUCUGCAGGGUGGAGGGAUUUGUAAAGUCAGAUUCAGAAACUACUGAGUUUAUGCUAGGAGAGGGUUAAACAAAUACCUGAUGUGAUACGAACAGGAGAUCUCUGCCACAUGCCAUCAACGGCUCUUCAUAUAUUAACUUCUGAGGUAAAACUCGAAUGUUGAUGCACACACACAGUUUAAGAAGCGAUAAAAAUCUGUUUAAUUUCUCAAGAAGGCACGCCUACGUCACGCCGGAAAACGCCACUCAAACAAAAAUGGAAGCAGCAAAUUCCAGAUAUCUCUGCGGUGAGUCUUUACCGUUCAGCCAUACCAGUGCCACUGACUUGAAAGGGCAUGUCCCUGUCUACAAAUAAUUGUCUUUGCCUUAGGUUGGCCCCUUGUUGUCUGGACAAAGCCGGCUGAUUAGAGUCCAGAUGAUAAAGAUAAGGAGUCUGACUCAGAUUAGAUAAGGCAAAACCAAAAGCCACGCUAACUAGAAGGACUGGUUUCCUGGUGGGAAAAUUUUCCCAACACAUAACAUGACUUACACCUAGACUGGAAACAAAAUCUUAUAGUCAGAGAAGAGCAGACGGAAAAUGAUCACAGUUUGAUUUGUGUGCUCUUUUGCAAAAAGUUUUAUUUAUUCACACAAAAAAACAUGGGAAAUUUACACAUAAUCAAAUAAUUUAAAGCCAGCAUUUUGGGCAUAAAUGUAUAGGGUAAAAAUUAAACGCAACAGCUUAGCCUGGCAAAUAUGUCACAGUACAGAAAAGCUAUAUGCUAUAUGACGCAUGGCUUCCCUAUACCACGCAAGUCCUUUUCAUACCAUUUUAAAACAUGUCUUCCCCAUUAAAAUUAAA